CUUCCAUCAAGAAAACCCUUUUUUCCCCCUUCCCCAUAGUCCUCUUUCUCCAACCCUCAAGUCCUCCUCCUCCUCCUCUCUCUCUUUCUCUCCCCCCUCUCGCGCGGCCGCCGGCCACCUCAUGUUCCUCUGAAGCGGGGGAGCAGUGCGGGCUAGGACUCGGCCUUUCCUGCCUCUCCAACCAUUCAUUCUUCUUCCACCGAAGGAGGAAGGAGAAGAAGAGACGAUGAAGAACCACAUGAGGGAGCGCGAGAUGAUCUCCUCGUCGUCGUCGGAGAGCGAGGUGGAGGAGGAAGAAGUGGUGGUGACCGAGGAGCCCCCGCCUACGUGGGAAACGGCGAGAGGCGUCGCCGGCGUCGGCGGGCGGAAGAGGCUGCUGACGAAGCAGCUGUCGAUGCGGGAGACGACGAGGGAGGCCAAGUGGGAGAAGCGCCGGUGGCAGAUCCUGCACCGGAGGCAGAUGACGGGCGAUGAGUCGUCCCCCAUCAACGGCGGUGGGGGGAGGAUGAGCAGGCUGGGCUCCAGGGUGAGAAGCCUCACGGACGAGGACUGGGACGAGCUGAUGGGCUCCAUCGAGCUCGGCUUCGGGUUCAAUGAAGAAGAUGGAGGUCACGAUCUUUGCGACACGCUGCCAGCUCUCGACCUCUACUUCGCCGUCAACCGCCAGCUUUCCGACCCCAAGCUCCGGUCCUCGCCGAGCCCUGCGUCCACUCCCACUGCCACGUCCUCGGCGUCGACGGUCAGCGGCAGCCCAAGCCCGAGCAGCCCCCACGAGCCCCACCAGCAUUCGCACUCUUCCCCCAGCGAGGCCUGGAAGAUCUGCAACCCGGGAGACAGUCCUCAGCAUGUGAAGACGAGGCUGAGGCACUGGGCACAGGCCGUGGCUUGUUCCGUGAGGCAAUGCAGCUAAGCUUCCAAACGAAUACCACAAUUGCUCUUCCUGAGGAGUGGGGGAAGGAGGAGAAAGGAGAGACAGGGCGGUUUUGUUUGAUCUCAUAACCUGAAGCAGCAAUUGUCCAUAGCCUGACUUCUUCUUCGCCUUUUUACUUCGUGUUUCUUCUUCUUUCUUCUACUUUGUUGUGUUUCUCUAUCUCCAGUUCUUCUUCUGCUAUAGUAUCAGCAAAAUACAACAGCGGGAAAUUAGAAAGACUAAGCCUACCGGCCACAACUCUUCCUGGCAGGAGGAGAACGAGGGGAAUGACUGCAGUGAGAGCCACUCGCAGAGGCCGCCCACUAGGCCAUUGUCACUGCACCAAAGAAAGAUUGGACAAUUGAGUAUGAAAGAGGGAGAGAGGUAUUGUAGGAGGAGGUGGUGUUGUUGGUUCUCCGGGGCGGUCAAAUGGUAGGCCAUUGUGGUCCAGCGGCAGCGGCUGCGGCAGCAGCAGCAGCAGUAAUGGGGAAGAGGACGGGCGCUAUGAACGAGCUAACAGAUUUGAUUUGAUUUCGGGGACAAACAGUUGUUGGGGUGCAAUUUUUCUUUCUCAUUCCAAAUGUUACUGAACUUAUUUCUUAGAACUAAUGCAGCUUACAUUCUUAAUCUUGUAUGUCACAAUUUGCUAUAUAUUUUGGCAAGAAUUGAUGCUUAUUA